UCUGAAAGAAGAACACAUCAGGAACACUUUGAAGACGAGAAAAAUCUGUAUCAUGUUCCAGCGACACACGACAUCAUGAACUCCGUUCUGUCCUCUUGAGUAACACUUUGAAGACCAUCGUCGGUCAUGGCGGGUCCGUGCACAUCGCUGGAGUUUAGGUGGAUAACUUUUCCAACGUCUGAUUUGAGACGUUCUGCGAAAUCGCUAGACGGUUACAGUGUGUUGUUCUUCGGAGGGCUGCACGAAGACAGGAUGCACCAUGAUAUAAUGUGUUCGACGGCUCUCCACUGCAUAAUACACUGAAGCUCCCCACUGCAUGACACAUUGCGAAGCUCCCCACUGCAUAACACAUUGAAGACAUGACGCAUCAUGAUAUCCGCGGGGUUAUUAAUGCUAUAAUGUGCUCGACGGCGAUUACUCUGUCUACCAAUUACAUGACGCAUCAUGAUAUAAGGUCAUAAAUCUUGGUCAUAGUGAUACUUACACUCGCGAGAAGAAUGCGCAUACUAUGAGAUUAAAUGAACUAUAAAGAGUAUUAUCACUCUGUCUAAUAUUGUUCUUGAACGUGACUUCUUCUUCUCACAUAACUUUGUUCUUCAAUGUGUCAAUCUAUACGCAUGCUUGCGAUAUAAAGACUAUAGAGGAGUAUAUAGAAUCCCAAGAGGAGUGAUCGAAAGAUAAGAUGACGACGUCCCAAGAAGAGAAAUCCAUUUAUCUGUUACUCAAGUGAACAGAACGGAGAAGAUGAGACGUCUUUUCCUUUUCUCUUAUAAGGGAUUUGUUGUACUAUAUUUAACGUCUCAUUAGUUUGUUACGUGAGAACUCUGUAUAAGAGAGAGUUUAACAGAACGUAGAUAUUGUAACUAUAGGGAUUUUAAUUGAAUUAAUGAACCGAACCGGUUGGUUCCGAGUUGGAAAAUCAAUUGAAAUCUGCGAAUAUAACCAAUUCGUUGGUUGCUGGCCAAGGCAAAAAAUAUAUGAUAAUCAACUAACAUAAUCAGUUUAUGGCAAUAUACUUAUAUCGUAGUGUGCUGGCCGAAAUAUAACUUUCUGUUAUCGUAGUGUGCUGGCCGAAAUAUAUUGUAAGUUUCCAAUUAAGAAGUUAGGUGCUGACAAAAAAAAAAGUUAGGUUUUCCCUUUUAAGUUUUAUAUUUGUGAUUUUUAGAUUUUGAUGAAGAUUUCAUUAUGUCACCUGAAGAAAAUGAAGUGAACGAUGGUAGAGAGAACCAAAAUUAGUUGAUGUGAUUUGGUGUUAGUUUAUUUCCGUUAUUGACAAUUUAUUAUAAUGAUCUUUCACUUUGAGUUUAUUUUGAAUUUGAAGUUUAAUUUAUUAUUCAAAAUAGAAAUAUAAAUAUUUAUAAAUUUUAUAUCUUAAAUUUUUUUAGAUGUCAUAACUUUUACUUUGUUACAGAAAAUUUUAAAUAGUCUAAACUAUUUUUUGAUAUUUUGUAUGUAAAAUGAAAAUAAAAAUAUAAAAACUAAAGUUAAGUAUUUUAUAAAUACCUUUUAAACAUAAAAUAUAUACAUAUCGAAACUAUUAUUUUAUGUUUUAACAACAUUUAGAAAAUAUUAAACUAUAGUUUUUAUAUUAAUUUUUUCAUAGUUAAUAUAUUAUUAUAUAAUAAAAUUAAUUCAUUUAUUAAUCCAAGAUUCACCCGCGGUCGAUCCACUGACCCAUCGACCGGUAAGUCCUUUUAACAUAAUGAGAAAGAAGGUUUUUGGAUAAGCUUUAAGAAGUAAGAACAUGCUAACGUUUAUUAUGGUUGUUAAUGUCAACAUGGUCACAUUAAAAGAUACAAAAGCCGGCAAUACCACUCUGAGGUUGACUUAAAUAAUAAUCAAAAUUAUAUUAAAAUUUUGAUAAUAUUUACGAUGAUGCUGGUGAAUUUUUCUGAUCACUUAAUAAAAACUUUGAAUUUUCUAUUUUUUAUAACUUAUAGUAUAUGGCCCUUAUUUAUUAGCUAUUGAUAAUAUAAUAAGUUUGAAACACUCAUAUACUGAAGCCUAAAAAUUUUCGAUGGAGGAUUAUCUACACCGAAUUCUAUAAAAGAAUGAUGUAUCUUUCAAUUAAUGAUUACUUAAGAUAUUUAUUAUAUAUUUAUUUAAAAAAUGAAAAUGAUCGCAUUAAAUCAACUGAUUGUAUCAGGUAAGAUAUCAAGUUUUUUACAUAAAAUUUGCAAUAAUCGAUAUAUAUUCCAACUGCAUAUCUAUCACCGAAAGAAAGAAAAACAAAAAUCAGUUUAAUCGAACAAACCAAAAUAAAUACAGUUUCCGAACGGUUGUUAUAUUUUAAAAGAGUUAAAUCUAAAAAAAUCUAACCUAAAACCAAAUCGAUGUCUACACUAAAAAGAUCUAAUAUCUUUUUAUCUUAUAAAUAUUAAAAUUAAUAAUUUUAUUCCGCGCAAGACGCGGAUUAUCACCUAGUAUAUUAUUAUUAUAUGGUCAAACAUUCCAAAAAAGUAUUAUGACUUUACAACUGGAAAGUUCUCUCUGUUGACGUGUCACAUUUGCUGAUAACAUAUCCCUAAUUGGUCUCACAACCCUCUUGAGUCGAUCCUCGUCUCUUCUUCCCCAAGUCCUCAACUUUCGAAAUAAUAUCUCUCUAUAAACUUCACAUUCUCCUCCUCUUAUGUGGUAAAUGUAAUAGUAAGUAAACUGUGCUUUUGGGAUUUCGAGAAGCAUGAAGAGUUUCUUACCGUUGACCAGAAAGCAAAACGCUUUACCAGCUCUUGUCCUGUUUCUACUAUUAUCCGUAUCAGAGCUAGCUUCAAGUCAACCCGCACAACACAGCCACAGGCUAGCUCUCACAAUAUAUUUGGUCAUUUUUUGUGUAAUCGCCUUUUUCUUAAUCUUGGCAUUCCUCCCCGACUGCAUCCGCCGCUGCAACGAAGCAGUCAACGGCAGCGUUGACCCUUCCGUAGGAGGAGCGAGGGGAGAGACUAACGCGACAGUUGCGCGUGGUAUCGACGCGUCGAUGAUCGAGACGUUCCCGACUUUCAUCUAUUCGGAAGUGAAGACACAGAAGAUCGGGAACGGUGCGUUGGAGUGUGCUAUCUGUCUGACCGAGUUUGGGGACGAUGAAACGCUGCGUUUUCUACCUAAAUGCGAUCACGUGUUCCAUGCGCACUGCAUCGGUGCAUGGCUACAGGGUCACGUAACUUGUCCCGUUUGCCGCACGAAUCUUGCUUAUAGCCAGCAGCAGAUGGCUGAACCUGUCGAACCGGAAGUAAUAACCGAAACGGAUAUCGAGUCUCAGCAACCGGUGAUUUCCGAACCGGUAGUGGAGAGUGUUGCACGUGUCAAAUUAGUGAGGUCACACACCACGGGACAUUCCGUGAUAUUACCUGGAGAAUGUACCGAGCGGUUUACGCUAAGGUUACCGUAUGAUUUAAGAAAGAAGAUAAGGGCAAAUUGGAAAAUGAACCGGUCGAAUAGUCUUUCGGUUCUACCGAGGAGUACUGGUAAACCGGUUGACCGGUCACUGGAUCGAUGGGACCAGUGGUUAUUCAUCAAAUCACCGCAGUUUAUGUGGCGGAGACGGGACGAUGGUUCUAUUAGGCGAGGUCGUGGUGAUAGCAUUUAAGCAAAUGCAGUACUACCGGUGACUCGGUACAAGCAGACCGGUGGAGUUUUCUUAGAAACACUUCGCUUGUAUGGAGUACGUCGGUUGAAGUUAAUAGGGACGGUGAAGGAACAUCAUCGGUUCAAGUUCAACGUACCGAGACAAUAUUGCUCAAAAGUUUUGUUUGUUUUUGUGGAAUUGAUAAAGUGACUAUUUCAUUUUAUUUAAAGGUGAUUUUUUUUGGAUCUAAAAUAAAUAGGUCAUUUUACAUAAUUUAUUCUAUCAAAAUAACAAUAUAGCUUCUAUCAAAAAAUUUUUUUUCUUGCCUUCCCAAAGAAAAAAGGUUGAGCAUUGUUCAUACAAAUAGAUAAUACGCAAUUCUUUAGCUUUCUUUAUCUUUUCUUGUAAGAUAUUGAAUGUCAAUCCCAUAUGGACAAGGAAAUUGUGUUUAUGUACGUUUUUCAGUAAUAUCAUUCGUAAACUACUAAAUUAAUAUCCCCUUCUGUGUAGUUCAGACACUAGAUAAUCAUAAUCUUAUCCCCACACAGUUCAGACAAGUAAUCAUUUGAACUUUAAAAUACGAGAUAUUAACCUUACUUGAUAGCUGAUACCAAACAUAGUUUGUAUACAAUCUUAUUAUGGAAUGAAUCAUAUACAUUCCAAAUUAUAUCAAACAUAAAAUAAUAGCGACUUCAUUCUCAAUGUAUACAUAUCUAUAUAGACGACGAUUCUUGACCAAAAAAGAAAAAAAA